AGCAAAAGCCCAUGAUAUCACCCAUCAGCCUAGCUGGUGUGUCUGAGCUUGGAGGGGGUGGACCCUGGGAGGGGUUUGCUUGGAUAACUCCAGUGAAAUUUGCCAGGAAGAAGCAGCAGCACAUUUCCCUGGCUGCAGAGUAUUUUCUAAAGCAAAGGGGACCCCUCAAACUGCACUCUCGGCUCAGAAGAGGCACUUUAGUGCAAAGAGAGCAGCAGGAACUGAGGUCACCCCCCACCAAACCAUCUCCAGACUAGCGGCUACUACUUAGCAGAAAACAACAGGUGUCACUGUCUGCAGCACCAGAGGAGAACCUGAGAUCAAAUAGUUUAGAGCCAACCCACGCAGCAUCCUACCUGCACUGAACAGCACCUGCUAAAGAGAGGAGCUGGCUCUGAGAACCGUGGGGGCUGAAAAUGGGAAGAUGCCUGAGUUUCAACCGUAACCACUUUUUCAUCGGGCUGUUCUUCUUCAACUGUCUGAGCCAUUUGGGCCUUGCCCAGUAUGAGCACUGGCCCUAUUAUUCCGGCUACCCUGAGCAACCCCCUUCAGAAUACCACGCCCCCCAGCAGCCGGCCAAUGUCCCCAAGAUUCAGCUGCGGCUGGCCGGGCAGAAGCGGAAGCACAACGAGGGGCGGGUGGAAAUGUUCUACAACGGGGAGUGGGGCACAGUGUGUGACGACGACUUCUCCAUCCACGCCGCUAACGUGGUGUGCAGAGAGCUGGGCUACGUGGAGGCUGUGUCCUGGGUGUCAAGCUCCAAGUAUGGAAAGGGAGAAGGCAAAAUCUGGAUGGACAAUGUCCACUGUACUGGCAAAGAGGUGACGCUGGCAGCAUGUACCACAAACGGCUGGGGCGUCACAGACUGCAAACACACCGAAGACGUGGGAGUCGUCUGCAGUGAAAAGAGGAUCCCUGGCUUCAAGUUUGACAAGCCGUUCCUCAACCAAAUAGAGAACAUGAACAUCCAGGUGGAGGACAUAAGGAUCCGAGCUAUUCUUGCUACCUACCGCAGGCGUGUGCCUGUUACGGAGGGUUACGUGGAGGUGAAAGACGGAGGGAGCUGGAAGCAGAUCUGUGACAAACACUGGACCGCGAAGAAUUCCCGAGUCGUCUGCGGCAUGUUUGGAUUUCCGGGCGAGAGGAAAUACAACGCCAAGGUCUACAAGAUGUUUGCCAGCAAGAGGAAGCACAAUUAUUGGGCUUACUCCAUGGACUGCACUGGCAACGAAGCUCACAUCUCCAGCUGCAAACUGGGCAACCAUCUCAGCGUGGAUGCCGAGAAGAAUAUCACCUGUGAAAACGGGAUGCCUGCUGUGGUGAGCUGCAUCCCUGGGCGUGCCUUUGCUCCCAGCAGCAACAGUGGCUUCCGAAAAGCCUUUAGGCAGGAGCAGCCAUUGGUCAGACUGAAAGGCGGGGCCAAGAUUGGAGAAGGCAGAGUGGAAGUGCUGAAGAAUGGGGAAUGGGGAACUGUUUGCGACGACCGAUGGAACCUGAUUUCGGCCAGUGUGGUCUGCCGAGAGCUGGGUUUCGGGAGCGCCCAGGAGGCUAUAACAGGCGCAAGGCUUGGACAAGGAAUGGGUCCCAUUCACCUAAAUGAAAUAGACUGUACCGGGUUUGAAAAAUCCAUCACGGACUGCAAGUUCAACACAGAGUCACUGACUUGUAACCAUGAAGAAGAUGCUGCUGUAAGGUGCAAUGUUCCAGCCAUGGGUUUCCAGAAUCAGCUGCGUCUGAGCGGUGGCCGUAACCCCUACGAGGGCCGGGUCGAAGUCCUGAUGCAGCGCAAUGGCACUCUGAAGUGGGGGACUGUCUGCAGCCAGAACUGGAGCACCGUGGAAGCCAUGGUGGUGUGUCGCCAGCUAGGCCUCGGCUUCGCCAGCCACGCCUUUCAGGAAACUUGGUACUGGCACGGAGACGUCAGCGCCAAUGACGUCGUUAUGAGUGGCGUGAAGUGUUCCGGGACGGAGAUGUCCCUGGCGCACUGCCGGCACGAUGGCGCCCGGGUGUCGUGCCCCAGAGGCGGCGGCCGCUUUGCCGCAGGAGUUUCCUGCUCAGAAACUGCCCCGGAUCUGGUGCUCAAUGCUGAAAUGGUGGAGCAAACCUCCUACCUGGAGGACCGCCCGAUGUUCUUGCUGCAGUGUGCGCUUGAGGAGAACUGUCUGGCCACCACGGCUGCCAACACAUCAGUUUCCACUGGCUAUAGGAGGCUCCUGCGCUUCUCCUCCCAGAUCCACAACAACGGGCAGGCUGACUUCCGCCCCAAGAACGGCCGCCACGCCUGGAUUUGGCACGACUGCCACAGACAUUAUCACAGCAUGGAGGUUUUCACACACUAUGAUCUGCUGAACCUCAAUGGUACCAAGGUGGCCGAAGGACACAAAGCGAGUUUCUGUUUGGAAGACACUGAAUGUGAAUCAGAUGUGCAGAAACAGUACGAAUGUGCUAAUUUUGGGGAACAAGGAAUCACAGUGGGAUGCUGGGAUGUCUAUCGUCAUGAUAUUGACUGCCAAUGGGUCGACAUUACUGAUAUCCCACCAGGAGAUUACCUCUUCCAGAUUGUCAUUAACCCAAACUACGAAGUUGCAGAAUCGGAUUAUUCGAACAAUGUGAUGAAGUGCAAGAGUCGGUAUGAUGGACAGCGCAUCUGGAUGUACAACUGCCAUAUAGGUGACUCCUUAGGCCAAGAAAUGGAACAGAAAUUUGAUCACUUCAGCGGACUCACAAAUAACCAGGUGUCCACGCGGUAGAGCAGCCGGCCUCCCACCCACUAUUUAAGGAAGCAGGGAUGCCUGUUUGCAACUUCCCUAACCACUGCACAGAAAAAGAAACCAAGUAAACAACCCUGGACUUUAAAUUAGCAUUGUAAGUUAUUCUCAGCAAUACCCUCCAUACCCAUUUCAGGUGCUCAGCACACUAGGAAACAGAAUUCACUUUGUAACUUCUCACUCCUAAUAUUAAGAUGAUUUGGGACCAGACUUUAAUUCCACUAGGCCCCAUGUCCCUGCAACUAGGGCUUCACUUCCAUCCAGUCUAACCUGUUCACUGGAGACUCCUUCCCACCUUGUUCAUCUGCACAGGUCCAGGCUGCAGUGAGCAGAUCGCAGAGGUGGUGGUGGUGGUUUCCUUUGGGUGAGGACAACCUACCUGUGUCCCUACCAUUGACAGUGUUUAAACAUACUUCCCUCUCAGCUGCCUUGCUCCUGUCUCAGCAUCUUUACGCUUUGAUUUGAGUCUGAACACACACCACUGAUGCGAAAACGGACAUUUGUGACAUUGCUUUUCUAAAGGUACUUAAAUCCAACUCAUUCUUAGUACUGCCAUGAAAAUACCCAAUUUAGCACAUAGCUAAGAAAAACUGGAGCAGCCUUCCUGAGACCGGGAAGGUGCAAAGUGUAAUUUAAUACUGUGACAUAACUUGUUCAUUUCAAACGCUCCACUCACGUUUUUAGCACGAUCUUUAAAGGGAACAUCUAAAGCAGGGCUAGUUCGCACUGUGCUCUCUAUAGUAAUUACCAGAACUCCACAAAGCUACAAGUCAAUUAUGCAAUCUAGACCUGGAAAAGUUCCAUUAUUUAGUACACAUCCUUGUGUUGGGAGACUAAACAGCAUUUCUGUUGCACACUAAGCUGUUCACCCAAAUGAUUUUAUGUACGUCUAUUUCCUUCCAACACCUUUAAGCUAGAUAUUACAUCUGUGCCUUUUCUUUAAAGGAUGAAUAUAGUUAAUCAUUGUAUCAUCAAUAUACUUUUACAAAGAUAAUUUAUUGGCCUUUACUAUCAGGGAUCUGGAUCUUGCAUUAUGUCAGACCACCUGUGUAAGCGAUUUUUAAAAAAAGAUUUUACACUUCGGUAAAUGCAUAAUGGUGCUAAGUGUGUUCCUCUGUUUGUUUGAGGACGCACGUUGCUACAUGUCUUCAGACACACGCCUACUUGAAUAAAAAUCAACUUUGCCCAGAAAAGAGUUUUCUAUGCCAUUUUUGUGUAUGUUCAUUGAGUGACCUGGAAGCUUAGUUCUUUCACCCCUCUGCCAUGUGGCUAGGGCAAGGGAUUGGGAGUCAGGAUACCUGGGUUCUACUCCCACUCGCUUGCUUUGUGAGUCAACAAACCUGAGCUCUAGUCAAUUCUUAAAUUACAGCAAGGGCUGGUAUUGCAUCAGCUGCUGUCACCCUUUUUUGAGGCCUUAAUCCCAUGCCCUAGUUCUACGAAAAGCUCCUCUCCCUUUGUGUUCGCUGAAAGACUCAAACUGUGAAACUGACUAGAUGCAAAGUACUAUCAAGUGCAAAUAGGAAAAUCACUCAGUUAUGCUAAUGGCAUUAGGUGUGUAAUAAGAUAAAACAUUUCAGUCCAAAGUGUGAUUGAAGCUGGAUGUGUCCCUUUAACCUCAUUUUUGCUCUCUCUAACCUACCUCACAGGGGUGUUGUGAGGUGUAAGGAAUGCCUGCUAAGUCCUUUGCUAAUGCCUAUCAGAGGAUCUUCAAGUAUGUAGCUAACAAAUACUAAGUUAUUCCUCUCUGCUUACAGAGAGGCAUCUGGAAAAAGUUUUGCACCUACAGUAAUCUGGAAAGCUCCAUUUUGUUCUGAGGAGGUGAGACUUUACUAAAGGCCUGAGCCCCUGUAGUGGGAGUUGUGCAGCAUCAGGUGCUACAACAAUAAAGCAGAUGUCAAGUUCUGGCUUUCCCCCCCUCUAAUCAGUGGAUAAGAAUGCUCCUUGACAUACUGCACCAUCACAAACCUGAGCAUGCUUGUUACGUACUGUGUAUCAAAAAAACCUGAUGCUGCCACAUGCAUUUGCUGCUUAUCAGUUUUGUGGUAUAACUUUAUUUUAACAAACGUCAGCUUUACAACUUCAGUAAACAUUAAACAGCUAUUGACUCCUG